GGGAGGAGGAGGCAGAAGUCUGUAAGUUCUAGGCCAGCCAGGGCUACAGUAGAUCCUGUCUUAAAACCUGAAAGGGAAAGAGAGGGAAAGCUGCGUGGAGUUACAGAGGCAUGGAGUUACAGUUCCCUGUCUCCUGAAGUGUCCUUUACUCCUCUGUCACCCUUCUGCAAUGCAUACUUUGGAUCCAGUUCCUUCCAAGCUUCUUGAAAGGCCUGCAGGUCUGGGGGACACUUGGGUGGUUGUGGGUGUAAGAAGUUUAUUAGCAGAGUUAUUAACACACGCACAGACGCACACCAGCAUGGCUGAGACCGAGGACACCUCAGACCCCAGCAUCACGGCACAGUGUGAGCUCUAAGAGCAACAGAGUCUGCUUCCAGCUCUGAAGCCGGGGCCUGUGAUUGCCCAUCAGGCAGUCGGGGAAGAGAAGUGUGGACUCUCUAGGUCCUUUGGUGUGCUCAAGCCUCCAACCUCACAUCUGAUGAGAAACCCAAGGACCUGGGAUGCUGUUGGGAUGCUCUCCACAGGGUGCCUGUGAGUGCCUGUGAGGCCAGGGAGAGGGGCCUGCAGGGGCUGCGGCCUGAGCAGCAGCGCGGUCUGGACUCCAGUACUUCUUAGCAACCUCUUAUCUGUCCGCUGUCCGCUGUCCGCUGUCCGCUGGAAUGUGUAUUUUCAUACAUUGUCAAAGAUACACCCCGCUCUCCAUCUCCCCCUUUUCCUUCUCUAUUUAUGCUGCUCCUUCACUCUGUCUGGGGAUCAGCCAGGGCCUGUGCCUGCUAAGCGAGCCUUGUACCACCGACCUGCCAUUCUGUCGACUUGCUUUCUUACCUAGGUUUUCAUCUGUCUGUUUUAUUUGGGAGGUCCAUACCGUCCUUGAUUCAUCCAUACUUCUUUCUAACUACUGUUCGCUGUUUCUCUAAUGAGUGCAGUUCUCGGCACAGAACCACAGAAGUGAAGAUAGCAUUGUAGCCGUGUCCGAUUCACUGCCUGUUCUACCACAGAAGCACUGGCCCAGAGGCUGCCAUAGAAACUGUCAUCCGUGGGCCCCGUUUCCUGUGCUUGGUCAGGCUCUACUCACAGACAUCAGCCUCUAGACCUCAGGUCUGCGAUGGGUGAGGGACUGACGUUCACAGCUCAUCCCUGAGGUCUGCCCUACCUCCCACAAUAGUAAUGUUCAGCUCUAGGCCUUAUGUGUAUGUGUGUACUUAAACAUACAUGUGGGGCUGGGGAUUUGGCUCAGUGGUAGAGCGCUUGCCUAGGAAGCGCAAGGCCCUGGGUUCGGUCCCCAGCUCCGAAAAAAGGAAAUUAAAAAAACAAAAAACAAAAAACAUACAUGUAAUUUAAGGUAAAUAUAAAAUAAUGUGAUCCUAUAGCUUUUAAAAGUGAACUUAUGGUGAUUAUCACUCCUUUCUCUCCUGUAUUAACCAUCUUCCUCAGUGUAAAAUUACAGAUAGCCCAGUACCCAGCCGUCCCUCUCUCCAGGGCUCCUACUGGAAUGGCGUCUUUUCUCUCUCCUGGUUCCUGUGCUUGCUCCAGAUUGUAUGGUCACACCUGAGGAUUUGGCGCCAGGAAUGACACGAGACAGAACUUUUGUCUUUCUGGGUCUGGGUUACUUCACUUACACACAUGGAUGCACACAUGCAUGUAUUCCUACUUUUUGAGUCCUGGAGUCAAGAUGUGAGGCCCAGAAACUCUUCCUGAAGAAGGAGCUGUGUGAGAUAGAAAUGGCGCAGUGGGAGAUAAUGAGGAAGCUCACCAGACAGAACCUUCAGUGCUCCAGUCUCAGCGGUGCCCGGGAAUGGAACGGCCACUGCGAGAGACUGCGCGGAUCUCAGGAGAGACAGUUCAGCGAACUGAUCAUCAACCGUGAAGACGUGCCCACUCUCAGUCAUUAUCCAUCCCUCAGGCUGCAGCAGACUGUUAGGAGUAAAGAGAAAUACUGUGCAAGUAAAGAAAAUAGGCAACACUGUAAGCACGCCUCCCUGUUUUCUCCCCAUCAGAUCAUUCGCACCACUGAGAAGCCGUACGAGUGUAAGGACUGUGGCAAGACCUUUAGGCACCCCUCGGGGCUCACCCACCAUCACAAAAUCCACACCGGAAAGAAACCGUUUGAGUGUAAGGAGUGUGGGAAGACGUUCAUUUGCGGCUCAGACUUGACACGACAUCACAGGAUUCACACAGGUGAGAAGCCCUACGAGUGUAAGGACUGCGGAAAAGCCUUUAGUAGCGGCUCAAAUUUCACUCGUCAUCAGAGAAUUCACACUGGUGAGAAGCCUUAUGAGUGUAAAGAGUGUGGGAAGGCUUUUAGCAGUGGUUCCAAUUUCACUCAACACCAGAGGAUUCACACUGGAGAGAAACCCUAUGAAUGUAAGGAAUGCGGCAAUGCCUUCAGUCAGAGUUCACAGCUUAUUAAACAUCAAAGAAUCCACACCGGCGAGAAGCCCUAUGAGUGCAAGGAGUGUGAGAAGGCUUUCCGGUCUGGUUCUGACCUCACUAGACACCAGAGGAUCCAUACUGGAGAGAAACCGUAUGAGUGUAAGAUUUGUGGGAAAGCCUAUUCUCAGAGCUCACAGCUCAUCAGUCAUCACAGAAUUCACGCUGGUAAGAAAGCCUACGAGGAUGAGGACUGUGGGAAGAGCUUUAAGUACGACUCACAGCCUGUUCAGCACCAGAACUUGUAUUGGUGAUAAACCAAAACAUAUACAAUGUACGGAAGGCUAUCCAAGAAUCUGUAGACCUCUAGACCGAAGAAUGUAGAGACAGUUUACUUGUUGACUGUAGCUUGUUCAUCUGAAGAAAACUUUGGAGAAGCAGCCUAUGAAUGUAGUGUAUUUUGGAAGCUAUUUAAUAACAGUUUAUAUUUCUUUUGACUCAGAUUAUUCAGUCUGGCAAAUAAUUCAUAAGAAAAGAGUGCUUUGGGGUUGGGGAUUUAGCUCAGCGGUAGAGCGCUUGCCUAGGAAGCGCAAGGCCCUGGGUUUGGUCCCCAGCUCCGAAAAAAAGAAAAAGAAAAAAAAAAAACAAAACAUAUCACACGUCAGAAGAAAAGAGUGCUUUGGUCUUAAACAUAACAAUUCAUGUGGCAAUGUAAUUUCAUGGCUCUCAUUUUUUAAAAAUAAUUGCUUCGUUAACAUGUUUUUCCUUUUUGGAGAGAGGCAUCUUUGAGACAGGGUUUCUCUGUGUAGCCCUGGCUGUCCAGAAGUUCUCUCUGUAGACCAGGCUGGCCUCAAGCUCAGAGAUCUGCCCGCCUCUGCCUCCCGCGUGCUGGGUUAGAGGCGUGGGCCACUGCUACCUGCCGUGUUCUUGAUGUGUUGAGGUGGUUUGUUCUUUGAGUCUGAUGAGGUGUGCUCUUCUGAGCACGUUCACGAACAGCUUUCUGCAUCCAUCGCGAAUAGGCUAUUUCUGACAUCCAGCAAAGUGCCAUUUGUAACAAGAUCAAGAGUUAAAGAGUUUAUCUGGGUGGUGGUGCAUGCCAUUAAUGCCAACACUCAGGAGGCAGAGGCAGAGGCAGGUCGAUGUCUGAGUUUGAGGCCAGCCUGGUCUACAGAAUUCCAGGACAGUCAGGGCUACACAGAGAGAGAGACCUUGUCUUGAAAAACUGAAAGAAAAGAGUUAAAAGAUCUUUUUUUCUUGGUAAGUCAGGUCGUGUGGUGAUUUAUGAGGAAGACAACGUACAUACAGAAGAGUGCUAGGAACAUGAGGUUAGAUGGCAUUUAAAGCCCAACUGAGCACAGCCCCAUUGCUGUUCCUCACACCCUUUGUGGAGCUGGCGUCUGGGAAAGUGUCAACUAGAGCAAUAAAUAAAGUUUUAUUUAUUUUA